CUACAUUAAUUGCCUGGAAACUGCAGGAUAUGGACUAUUCCAAUGGUCAAAAAAUAAAAUUCAAAGUAUAGAAUUUUCCAACUUUAUUAAGCAGUAUCUAGCUUUAUAAGCACCCAAAAAACCACAGAGCUAGCAAAUCCCACAUCAAAUAUAUAUCCAACAAUAACUAGAAGUGCCACCAAGGAAAAGAAAAUGAGAGAAGAAACAACCACCAGUAUGAUGGAUUUACCACUCUUAAUAAUGGAAAACAUUCUCUCAAGACUAUCACCUAAAACAAUCUUCAUUUGCAGGACUGUUUCCAAGUCUUGGUUAAACCUAAUCUCACUGCCUGAGUUUUGCAAACUUCAACUCUCAAGAUCCCCUGCCAACCUUAUCAUCUACCUUUCUCAUAUUUCCAUGAGACUCCCCUUCUCAAGUGUCUUCAAAUUUGUCAAUUUGGAAGAUACGCCUUACCAUCAUAUUCUCACUUAUGAACCAAAUCUUGACCUUGAUAUCAAACCCCACUUUCCAGAUGCUGAUUUCACUCCAGUUGGCUCAAUCCAUGGUUUAAUCUGCCUAUUUCACAUGCCGCGUUAUAGUGGUCUUGACACUGUUUAUGUUUUCAAUCCAACAACUCGAGAAUAUAUCACUCUUCCUGAGGUUAAAGGGCUAAGAGAGUACCCAAAUUUAGUCACUUAUGGCUUCGGGUUCGAUUCCCAGAGGAUGGAGUACAAGGUGGUACGAAUUUAUCAAGUAGAAACUCGCGAUCCUGAAAGAGGGACAUGUUAUUACACGUCCGAAGUUCAAGUGUACACUCUUGGCCAGACAGGGUCUUGGAGAAGUAUAGGCUAUGUCAAGCGAUGUUUUGGAUGUCGUAGUUCAGGGGUAUAUUUGAAAGGAAAGCUUCAUUGGUUGGUUGGAGAUGGGGACGGAAAUGAGUCGAUUUGUUUCAUUGAUAUGCAUGAAGAAGAGUCGGGCCAAUGGAUUUUAGAUAGACAGGAUGGUGAGUUAUGUCACACCUUUUCCACGGCUCCUGGAUUUAACAAGGAAAACUGCCCAAAUCUUCGAAGUUUGGGAGUGUUCGGAGAUCAUCUUUGUGUGUGUGACAAUAACGCAGAAAGUCAGGUUAAUGUAUGGGUGAUGAAGGAAUAUGGAGUGACAAGUUCUUGGAGCAAAGAAGUUGUGAUAAACAUAACCCCAGAAUACAAUUGGAUUUGCUACCAAAUGAUACAAGUCUUGAAAGUUUUCCAAGAUGGAGAGAUCUUGUUUCAGUGGUGGGAAGACUACUUGUUUACAUAUCAUCCUCAGAAGAAAAUUUUGACAAAAAUUGAGAAUUUUAGUGGUAAUUUCUGGGCUUCUACACACAUCUCAAGCUUACUUUCACUCAAGAAUUUUGGCAAGGAAAUUGUCCAUAAUUUGUAAUUCCUACUAGCAGCUUUGAUAGAAUGAUGAUUGAAUAAUUAAUAAAUUAAUGAUACUCCUGUUGUAACAA